AUGGCAGCCGUGCGCCGCUCUACGCGUUUGAGCAGCAUUAGCAAAGCGCCAUCAACACCAACAACGACUGCGCAGUCGCCGUUGCUUAACCGUACGCCACGACGCUCUAAUAUUUGGAGCAGACGCCAAACCAAACAGCAUUUUGACGAUACAGAUGACGAGCAACAGGAUGAUAUUGUUAGUAUAAUUUCAGAAAAUAACGAAAACAGUAAUCUGUUGAACAAAAUGGACAAGGCAGCUACAAGACGCAAAUCAGCCGCCGCUGAACAACCAAAGACGCCACGCAGCAACAAAGCGAGUAGAAAACCAACAACAAAAACUACAGUAAGUGGACUAAGCAGUCUUGCACAGCGUUUGGAAGCAAAUAUAGGAGCCGCUAAGCUGUUAGAUGAAAGCAGCACAGAAGAAGAUGAAGAGUUAUCGCAAGCGUCGCCACCAAAGCAGCGCAAAUCACAGCCGCUACCACAUCAUUUAAUAAGCCCCACUAGACUGUUGGAUAGACUGAGCAUAGAUGAGCGUAAGGACCAGUCAGAGGAGGAGACUAAACCAACUAAAAAGACUACUAAGCAAACCAAAAAGAAAGAGGAACUGGAGUUGAAGCCGCAGCAGGUUGAGCCCACACGCAAUAAAUAUCAAAACGCACGACGUGUGCUCAAUAGCGCCGAAACUUUAUCUCUGCCUGGACGUGAGACACAGCUGCAAGAGUUGCGUGAGUUCUUUACAAGUCAUCUGGAAUCCAACACCUCAGGCAGUUUGUAUGUGUCUGGACAGCCGGGCACGGGUAAGACUGCCAGCUUAUCGCUAUUAUUACGCGCACCAGAAUUUUCUCAACGUCUCCAGCGUGUUUACAUUAACUGCACCAGCAUUGCCAGUGUGGGCGCAGUCUAUAAAAAACUAUGCACCGAGCUGCAAUUGAAGCCAGCUGGACGCACAGAGCGAGAUCAUUUGGAAGCUAUACAGCGUCAUCUGCGCACAGCUAAGCGAAUGCUACUGCUGGUGUUGGAUGAAAUCGAUCAGCUAUGCACAGCGCGUCAGGAGGUGCUAUAUACCAUAUUUGAGUGGCCUGCUUUACCAGGAGCACGCUUGUUGCUGGUAGGCAUAGCAAACAGCUUGGAUUUAACAGAUCGCGCUCUUAUGCGCUUAAAUGCACGCUGUGAGCUAAAGCCCAAGCUAAUGCACUUUGCCCCGUAUAGCAAGCAACAAAUCGUAGAGAUAUUCAAGUCUCGAUUGGAGCAGGCGCAAGUGUUGGAUGUAUUUCCACCCGUAACUCUGCAGCUGCUGGCAGCCAAGGUAAGCGCUGUAAGUGGCGAUGUGCGUCGCGCUCUGGACAUAGGACGCAGAGUAGUGGAAAUAGCAGAGCAGCAAAAAAAAGCGGGCGAGAAAGAGUUUAACAUGCAGCAGCUGCAGCUGGAAGGCGAGACCAAUCAGCAAACAGACACACUGAAACCCGUGCAAGUGGGUCAAGUGGCUGCAGUGCUUAACAAAGUCUAUGGCGCUUCGCAGAACUUGGAAGAAGACAUUGAGGCUGCAUUUCCGCUGCAACAAAAGCUCAUGCUCUGCUCGCUGGUCUUGAUGCUGCGAAACGAACGCAAUAAGGACAUUAGCAUAGGCAGAUUACAUGAAGUUUAUCGAAAAGUGUGCGCCAAGCGAAAUAUACAAGCCUUGGAUCAAGCGGAAUUUGCUGGCACUGUGGAUCUGGUGGAAACGCGUGGUAUUUUACGUAUUAUGCGCAAAAAGGAGCCAAGACUUAGCAAGGUUAUCUUGCAAUGGGAUGAGGAGGAAGUGCAUUCAGCGCUUAGCGAUAAGCAGCUUAUAGCUUCUAUACUCAGCGACACGGCCUGCUUGGGCAAGUGAAAACCUCAUGGAAAAAUUAAUAUUUAAGAUUUAUUAUAACAAAUUUAUUUGCGCAGUUCUUGAUUCACCA